UUGAAACAUGGCUGCGCCCAUGAGAGUCAUAUGUGUUCUUAUAGCGACGGCAGAUAUUUAUUGUUAAUGAGCGUACUGUGGAGAAAUUAGCAAUAUGAUAAGUUGCAUCGGUAGCUCGUGUAGACAGUUCAUGUCAAAACCAAAGCUGACAUGUUACAACUUUCUUCUUUUCUCUCGAAACAAGAGUAACAACAGCUCAAAGAAAGGCUCCAAAAGCAAACGCUAUUCUGAAACGCUGAACCUCCCGAAAACACCGUUCCCAUUAUCUCUAAGAGAGGGAGUGGCCUCAAAACGCGAACUGGAGAUACAAAAGACAUGUGCAUUUGACAAGUUGUACCAGUGGCAGCAAGGACAAGAGAGAGAUGCAAACUUUGUGCUUCAUGAUGGUCCUCCAUACGCUAAUGGGAAGACACAUGUUGGGCAUGCAGUCAACAAGAUACUGAAAGACAUAACAAAUCGCUACAGACUGAUGCGGGGUUAUAAAGUCCAUUAUGUGCCAGGUUGGGAUUGUCAUGGGUUACCUAUUGAACUCAAAGCUGUCAACCACCAAAAGGAAUUAUCUCCCCUCCAAAUUCGCAAAAAAGCUGAAGCAUUUGCCCGUGAAACUAUCAAAGUGCAGAAGGAGAGUUUCAAACGCUGGGGCAUAAUGGCAGACUGGGACAGAUGUUACACAACACUCGACCGUGACUACCAAGUCAAUCAAUGGGAAACAUUCUUUGACAUGUAUGAAAAAGGUCUGAUUUAUGAAGACUAUAUGCCAGUCUAUUGGUCUCCAUCAUCCAGAACUGCUCUAGCAGAGGCAGAACUUGAGUACAAUGAGCAGCAUGUCAGCAGAUCUGUCUAUGUCAAGUUUCCAUUGGUCAGUGUCCCAGGGGAGAUAACUCAAUGUGUUGGAUCAGAGUGUAAGGUAUCUGCUGUUGUGUGGACGACCACACCUUGGACUCUUCCCUUCAACCAAGCUAUCUGCUAUGGCAAGGAUAUUAGGUACACAGUAUGGAAAGAUGAUAGUGCAAGGGAGGCAAUCCUGUGUCAGGAACAUUUCAGUGAGAAACUCCUGUCCUUCCUCCCAAACUCGUUCCAUCCUGUAGGCUCUGUACAAGGAGAGGUCUUGAAAAACACUGUCUACACACACCCCCUGACUGGGCGGAAACUGCCGUUCUUGGCAGGAGAUCAUGUGACCAGUGGGAAGGGAACAGGAUUGGUCCACACAGCACCAGCUCACGGCCAUGAAGACUUCCAGUUGGCUGUCAAGUAUGGCCUCCCUGUAGAUUGUCAUGUGGAUGAGAGAGGCAGGUAUAUGGACAGUGUUGGUUCUCACCUGGCAGGUAAAACAGUCGGGGAUGAUGCAGAUGAUACAGUGUUGAGCCAGCUAGGAUCCCAUGUUCUCCACCUGGAGGAGUUCGUUCACAGCUACCCUUAUGACUGGCGGACCAAGAAACCGGUGAUAAUCCGAGCCAGCAAGCAGUGGUUCAUAAACACAUCAAAACUCCGGGACAGGGCUGUGGCAAGUCUGAAGGAUGUGCAGAUCUACCCUCCGAACUCGGAGCAGGGCAUGCUACAGCAGUUGGGCAGCAGGACGUACUGGUGCAUCUCACGACAGAGGGCUUGGGGCCUGCCCAUCCCUGUCUUCUACCACAAGCUGACCAGGGAACCACUGCUGACCAGAGACAUAAUGAACCACAUUCAGCACCUGCUGGUGGAGCAUGGCCCAGACUUCUGGUGGACUCUGGAUAUGGUUGACCUGCUGCCGGACCAUCUACUGCAGCCCCAUCAAGGCACAAGUGCUGACUACUGCAAAGGACAGGACAUCCUCGACAUCUGGUUCGACAGUGGAACAUCCUGGGCAACUGUGCUCAAAGACUGCGACAGUCAGGCCGACGUGUACUUGGAGGGCAAGGACCAGUAUGGAUGUUGGUUCCAGACGUCUCUGCUCACAAGUGUUGCUGUCAAUGACAGACCCCCGUACAGGAACCUCAUAGUCCACGGAUUCACUACUGAUGAGGAAGGUCGGAAGAUGUCGAAGUCUGAGGGGAAUGUUGUGGAUCCCGCUGUGGUCAUCAGUGGUGGAAAAAACAAGAAAACAUCUCCAGCAUAUGGAGCAGAUGUGAUGAGGUGGUGGGUGGCUCAUGCUCACCUCAAGAACAUUGUGAUGAUUGGACCUUCCAUACUGGACCGCUGUGUGGAGGACAUGUUUACUGUUAGGAAGAGUCUGCGGUACCUGCUGGGCAACCUGGCCGACUUCCAGCCCACAUCACACCUCGUGGCGUACGACUCCCUCCUCCCACAGGAUCAGUACAUGCUCCAUCUCCUCCACAGCUUCGCAGACAAGGUAACGGCUUCCUACGACGGUUACGGCUACAACCAGAUACUGCGCCACCUGGAGAAGUUUAUCAACACCCACAUGUCCCGCUUCUACUUCACCAUCACCAAGGACAGAUGUUAUUGUGGAGCAACUGCAUCCCUCCCACGGCGAUCUACACAGUCCGUCCAGUACCACCUACUUGAUGUAAUGGUCAGGUCCCUGGCACCAAUCCUACCUCACCUGGCGGAGGAGGUCUUCCUUCACCACCCUGGAGCAGAACACAUAGAUGGUGUGAAGAGUAUAUUCCGGAGUGGCUGGUUCGACCUCCCACCCCAGUGGAACAACCCUGCCAUUGCCCGUGCCCUAGAGCCAGUGUUCACCAUCAAAGAUGAUAUCAACCAGGUUCUGGGCAACGAAAACCCUUUAGAGUUUGAUGCCGUCAUCUUUGCUAGUCACGACCUUGCAGAAACAUUAAAGCCCUUGCAGCAUGAACAGACAUCCACUGACUCGCCUCUCAAUGAGGUGCUGCAGCUGUCUCACACUUCACUUGUAGACGCCGUCCCGACAGUCAUCCCUGACGAUGCUCAUGUAGUAGAUGGAGUCUGCAAGGUCCAUCGGAAAGGUGUGCAGAGUACGGAGCAGUACAAGCUGAUUCUGAUGGCGUCGGAGCACCACAUCUGCGAGCGAUGCCGUCGCUACACGUCUAGCUCUGCCUCCACUCCUUGUGACAGAUGCCUUGAUGUUGUUGCAGAGGGCUGGGAGGGGUGAAGGGAUGAACAAGAAUGCCCCGCAGUUGUCUAUGCACAGUUUAAACUGAAAUUUGUGUUAACAGUUUAACCUAACAUGAGUGUAUGCCGAGUACAAACUGAUAUUUGUCUGUACAGUUCAAAACAAACAUUUGUGUGUGCACAGUUCAGACAAGUGAUCAGUGUUGAUCUGUCAU